UUUUUUUCAUUCAUUUCUCAACAUGGCCGUCAGUGCUAUAUCUAAAUACGGAUUGUAAGAUUCGUGUGUGAGUUUAGGAGUGUUUCAUUGAUUAUAAUAUAAUUUUAAUGACUUAAUUGAUAAAGUGUUGCGGCAUGUUUCCUCUAACGCCGCCAGUUGUGAAGCGACUGUUAGGGUGGAAAAAGGGCCCCGAAGGGUCGUCUGUUGCUGAAGAUAAGUGGUCUGAGAAGGCUGUCAAGAGCUUAGUAAAGAAAUUGAAGAAAAGUGGAGCCCUAGAGGAAUUGGAAAAGGCAAUUUCCAGCCAAAAUAGUCAUACUAAAUGUGUAACAAUACCCAGAGUGAAGCCAAAUGACAAUAUAAUAAACGGCCAGAACCGCAAGGGCUUGCCGCAUGUUGUCUACUGUCGGCUGUGGCGGUGGCCGCAGCUCCAGAGCCAGCAUGAACUAAAGCCCGUGGACCACUGUGAGUUCGCGUACCAGCUGAAGAAAGACGAAGUGUGCAUCAACCCUUACCACUACCAUAAGAUCGACUCGCCUGCCCUGCCGCCCAUCCUCGUGCCGCGGUGCGAGGGCGAGGCGCGCGCGCCGCCGCCGCCGCCCUACUCGCACUACCUCCGCGAGCCCGAGCCGGAUAUGCAAACGGGUGGUGUCGUAGGUGUCGGCGCGCUGACACAUAGCGCCAUGUAUCUCGAGGCCACCCUGGGGCAGCAGGUGCCCUCGAACACCACAGUGCACGUGAGCGCGGCGACCGUGGAGACUCCGCCCCCAGGCUACAUGAGCGAGGACAACGACCCCAUGGACCACAACGACAACAUGAACUUGGCGCCCCUGACGCCGCCCCCCGGCGGUCCCGAGGCCGCGCCCGUGCUCUACCACGAGCCCGCCUUCUGGUGCAGCAUCAGCUACUACGAGUUGAACACCCGCGUCGGCGAGACCUUCCACGCCAGCCAACCCUCCAUCACCGUGGACGGGUUCACCGACCCCAGCAACAGCGAGAGGUUCUGCCUAGGGCUCCUGUCCAACGUUAACCGCAAUGAAGUGGUGGAGCAGACGCGGCGGCACAUUGGCAAGGGCGUGCGCCUAUAUUACAUUGGCGGCGAGGUGUUCGCCGAGUGCCUCAGCGACUCGUCCAUCUUCGUGCAGAGCCCCAACUGCAACCAGCGCUACGGCUGGCAUCCCGCAACCGUCUGCAAGAUACCCCCGGGCUGCAAUCUGAAGAUCUUUAACAACCAGGAGUUCGCGGCGCUGCUAUCGGCGUCUGUGCCGCAGGGGUUCGAGGCGGUGUUCCAGCUCACGCGCAUGUGUACCAUACGCAUGAGCUUCGUCAAGGGCUGGGGCGCAGAGUACAGACGGCAGACGGUGACAUCGACGCCAUGUUGGAUCGAGCUGCACCUGAACGGGCCGCUGCAGUGGCUGGACCGCGUGCUCACACAGAUGGGCUCCCCGCGCCUCCCCUGCUCAUCCAUGUCCUAGAGUCUCACACUACAUAGGAAGCACCGAAAUAAAUAAACCUAAGCGUAGCUCAAACCCAAUUCAAAUACCUCUGUCAUGAGUCUUAGUAACUAAAAGUAAGGACAUUGCUACACUUUUAUAUA